AUAAGAAGUGAAGGGGAGUUUAUGUCUGUGUUUAUAUAUUAGGUUUUACAGCACACUGAAUAUACCAAGUUCUUUAACAUUGUCCCUUGCAGCUUAUGAAAAAACUGCUUCUCCUUUCCUUUUCUCUGCCUUCAAUUCCUAAACUCCAAUCAUUGUGUCACCUUCAACACUAUAAUUGGCUCUCCUAUUCUUCGCAAUCUCCAAAGGAAAUCAAAUGGAACUCCAAAACCAACGUCAUAAUCACACACCCAACUCUUGUUGUGAUGGAAUCAUGUUCCUCCAUGUAUCAACUAAGGCAGAUUCAAGCGCGCAUGACCCUUACUGGCUUAAUCACCCACACCUUCCCCCUUAGCAGGCUCCUAGCUUUCUGCGCCCUCGCCAAUGCCGGUGACCUCCGCUACGCCCACCGUCUUUUCUGCCGUAUUCUUGAGCCCAACACCUUCAUGUGGAACACCAUCAUCCGAGGCUAUAACAAGGCCCGAAUUCCCGCCAUGGCCUUCUCUUUCUUCCUCGAUAUGUUUCGACGCGGCGUUCCCUUCGACCCUAGAACCUUCGUCUUCACGCUCAAGGCCUGCGAACACUUUUCCAUGGCUCCACAGGGGGAGUCCGUGCACUCCCUUGCUCGGAAAACUGGGUUUGAUUCCGAGUUGCUCGUGCGGAAUGGGUUGGUUCAUUUUUACGCUGUUCGGGGUUGGUUGAACCACGCGCGCGGGGUGUUUGAUGAAAUGCCUGUUAAGGAUGUUGUUACUUGGACCACGAUGAUUGAUGGGUAUGCGGCGUGCAACUGUUCUGAUGUGGCAAUGGAGCUAUUUGGUUUGAUGUUGGAGGGUGAUGUUGAGCCCAAUGAGGUGACGUUGAUUGCGGUGCUUUCAGCUUGCUCACAUAAGGGUGACCUUGGUAUGGGGAAAAUGAUUCAUGAAAUUUUGGAGAAGAAGAAUGUGAGGUGGGGUUUGAGUUUACACAAUGCUUUGUUGGAUAUGUAUGUGAAAUGUGGAUGUUUGGUGGAUGCUAUGGAGGUUUUCGACAGAAUGGAAAGUAGGGAUGUUUUCUCUUGGACAAGCAUGAUCAAUGGGUAUGCUAAAUGUGGUGACUUGGAGUCUGCUAGGAGGUUCUUUGAGCAAACUCCUCAGAAAAACGUGGUAUGCUGGAGUGCGAUGAUUGCAGGAUAUUCUCAGAAUGACAAACCUAAGGAUUCAUUGAAAUUGUUUCAUGAAAUGCUUGGGGAAGGUUUUGUUCCGGGGGAGCACACCUUAGUGAGUGUGCUCUCUGCUUGUGGCCAACUAAGUUGCUUUAGUUUGGGCCAUUGGAUACAUCGGUAUUUUGUUGACCAAAUAAGAAUACCGGUGAGUGUUACUUUGGAAAAUGCAAUUAUAGAUAUGUAUGCCAAAUGUGGAAGCAUAGAUGCGGCUGCGGAAGUCUUCAGUGCAAUGUCGGAGAGAAACUUGGUUUCUUGGAAUUCUAUCAUUGCAGGCUAUGCUGCCAAUGGUCGAGCAAAACAAGCUAUUGAAGUUUUUGAUGAGAUGAGAUGUAUGGGCUUUAAACCGGAUGAUAUUACAUUUGUGAGUUUGUUGACAGCUUGCAGUCACGGUGGCUUAGUUUCUCAAGGUAAGGAAUACUUUGACACCAUGGAAAGAAAAUAUGGGAUAAAACCAAAAAAGGAACAUUAUGCUUGCAUGAUUGAUCUACUAGGUAGAACUGGCUUCCUAGAAGAAGCUUACAAGUUAAUAAAAAACAUGCCAAUGCUGCCUUGUGAGGCUUCUUGGGGUGCCCUUUUAAGUGCUUGUAGAAAGCACCACAAUGUUGAGCUAGCCACUUUGUCUGCUUCUAAUCUUCUAAGCUCGGAUCCAGAAGAUAGUGGUGUCUAUGUGCUUUUGGCAAAUAUUUGGGCUAAUGAGAGAAAAUGGGGUGAUGUGAGGAGGGUGCGAAGUUUGAUGAGAGACAAAGGUGUGAAGAAGAUUCCUGGUCAUAGUUUAAUAGAGAUAGAUGGCGAAUUCAAAGAGUUUUUGGUUGCAGAUGAAUCACACCCUCAAUCCGAGGAGAUCUACAGAGUACUGGAUGACAUACUUUUGUUAUCAAAAUUAGAAGAUUCGGGCUGUGACUGCGACUUAUAAUCUUCAUUCGGGACAAAUAUGUCUCUCCAUGAAAUUCCAUUAAAGCCCGAAACUCAACCUUGUCUUUGGAAUAAAGUGGACGGUGAAUGUGGAGUCUCCUGUUCAGUCCGAUAAUUGCUUGAACUACAAAGGAAUUGUACUUGUAUUGCUAUCAUUGUGGUGGCUAUUUACCGCAGAUAAUGAUUUAUAUAUUCCUGUCACAACUCUAUGAACCUUCGACAUGCUAUCAGGCUUAACCUUCUUAUGCACGCCUUAAAUUUAAGCUACAGCAAUGCAGUUCACGAGUUCAGUUCAUUAAGGACACUGGGCUUCAUUUUGACUCUCAGACUGCUCUUGUCAACUUGUAUGCAAAUUGUGGUGCUGUGCUAUGAAGUUUAGGCUAGGAAAUCUAUGAUCACCUUCCAUCCAAAGAAUUGGUUGCCUCAACUUGACGCUUUCGGAGUAUGCAAAACUUGGAAUGGUUAAAGAUUGUAGUUUCAUAUGUGAUCCUGUGGUUGAAAAUGACUUGUUUUGUUGGAGUAUAUCUGGUUCCACUGAAAAUGACCAGCCAUAUAGGCUCUUCAGUUUGUUCAAUGAAAUGCAACGACAGAGAAUAGUGUCUGAUCAGAUCAUGAUGUUCAGUGCCAUUUCUUCUUGUGCUGGUGUUGGUGCACUUGUUCAAGCGAAAUGAGUUCAUACAUAAGUCUAUAAAUUAGGGUUUGGAAGAGCUCUACGACUGUCAAUGUUAAGAACCUCUAAAUAAUGUUAAUACACUGCUGUGGUUUGUCUACAAUUAGGUUAUAUCGAUCAAGUGCAGUGUAUCUUUUGUCGCCUGGGUUCUCAGACUAGAAGCCAUCUUUUUGACAAAGGAUUUUUUCCUGAUGGUAGGAAGAGUUUACCUGGCUCCUGGCUUCG